AAUUCCGAAGUUUCUGUUUUUGAGGUCAAUAUUCGCUUCAUUGGUGGUCUUCUAGCAGCAUACUACCUUUCAGGACAAGAGGUUUUCAAGAUCAAAGCCGUGCAACUGGCAGGAAAGCUUCUUCCAGCCUUCAACACACCUACGGGUAUACCAUGGGCAAUGGUGAAUCUCAAAAGUGGUGUGGGUCGAAACUGGGGCUGGGCUUCUGCUGGCAGCAGCAUCCUUGCUGAGUUUGGUACUCUGCACAUGGAAUUCGUCCACCUCAGCUAUUUGACAGGGGACCCUGUAUACUACAACAAGGUCAUGCACAUUCGGAAGUUACUACAAAAAAUGGAUCGUCCUAAUGGACUUUAUCCAAAUUAUUUGAAUCCAAGAACAGGCCGGUGGGGUCAGCAUCACACAUCCGUGGGCGGGCUGGGAGACAGUUUUUAUGAAUAUUUAUUGAAAGCCUGGCUUAUGUCAGACAAGAUGGACACAGAGGCAAGGAAAAUGUACGACGAUGCAAUUGAGGCCAUAGAAAAACAUCUCAUCAGAAAGUCCAAUGGAGGACUGACCUUCAUUGGGGAAUGGAAGAACGGGCACCUUGAGAGAAAGAUGGGCCAUUUGACCUGCUUUGCAGGGGGAAUGUUUGCCCUUGGAGCAGAUGGUUCCAGAGAUGAUAAAGCUGGACAUUAUUUGCAGCUUGGAGCUGAAAUUGCACAUACGUGUCAUGAGUCAUAUGACAGGACAACAUUAAAGCUGGGUCCAGAAGCAUUCAAAUUUGAUGGUGGUGUAGAGGCGGUGGCAGUACGGCAGAAUGAGAAGUAUUACAUCCUAAGACCAGAGGUGAUUGAGACCUACUGGUAUAUGUGGAGAUUCACCCACGAUCCCAAGUACAGGCAGUGGGGCUGGGAGGCAGCACAGGCCAUUGACAAGUAUUGCCGAGUCAGUGGUGGCUUUUCUGGCGUCAAGGAUGUCUACUCCUCAUCUCCUACGUAUGACGAUGUACAGCAGAGCUUUUUCCUUGCUGAAACUUUGAAGUAAGUUCUCUUCACUCUUGCAUUUUCCCAUAAAAGCUAG